GGGACUGGACACACACACACACACACACACACACACACACACACACACACACACACUCUAAAUGCUUACACUUUGUUGUGGAGAAACAACACAUGCACAGAAGAUUAAAUAUAAAAUAUAUACACAGUAAUUUCUGGGGGAAUAGAGCUAUAGGACAGUAGAUUAUAACACUUCUCAUAAGCGCUUGUAAUGUUUGUUUGAUUCAUAGUCCCUAAGGAAGAGAUGGAAAGGGGGACCAGCAGGGCACACAACCAGUUACUGUUCCUGCCUGGUAGUGAAAGCAGGUAGAGUGUUUGAGGUACUCAGAAGGUAAUCUCCUUGAGGGCAAGGACUGUAUUGUCUUUGUCUCCUCAGUGCCUAGCCCAGUGCCUUCCUUGCCUGCUUGUUGGCUUGGAUUGAAUGCUGUUCUUAGGUCACUUUUUCAGAUGUCCUACGUUUUCCAAACCAUCCUGGUUCUUCCAAGUCAAGCUUAAGGCCCUUUUGCUUAGUGAAGCCUUUCCUGACUGAUGGAGCUCACAUUGAUGUCUCCCUUUUCUGAACUUAGUAUACAAUGCAUGUACUCUAGACCAUCUAGACCUUUCAGAGCCUUCUAGAUCGUUCAGAGUACAUUCAAUCAAUCAAUCAAUAAACAUUUUCUUACACCUGUUGUGUGACUGGCAUUGAGCUGGGGAAAAAGACAAAAGUGACGUAGUUCUUACCCUCAAGGAGCUUGUAUUCUUUCGGGGGAAAUAUACAUGUAAUCUAGGUAAUUUAUCUGUGAGAGUGGGGAGGAACUAACAUCUGGAGAUCAUUUGAGCUAAACAAAAAGGCCUGUUUGACUGGAUCAGAGAAAAUGUGAAGAGAGGUAUUGUGUCAUAAGCCUGUAAAGGUAGAUCCGAGCCAGGUGUUAAAACACUGGGUGUCAAAUAGGAGUUUUUGUUUGAUCCUGGAGGUAAUAAGGAACCACUGGAGUUUAUUGAGCAGGGGACUGACAUAGUCAGAGCUGUCCUUUUAGGAUUCAUAUUUGGUACCUGUAUGAAGAAUGCAUAGGAAGGAGAGAUACUUGAGACUAAUUAAGAGCCUCUCGGAAUAGUCUAAGAUGGUGCUAGAGUGGGGAAGAGGUUGAACUGGAGUGGCAACUGUGUAAGUAAAAAAAAAAAAAAAGAAUCAGGCGUAAGAGAUGUUGUGGAAGUAGAAUCAACAAGACUUGAGGAUUGAAGGAGAGGGAAGAUGUAAGUCCCUGUCUGCCUCCCCCAAGAACUUCCCUGGAGUCUUUCCCUACUGCCCUGGGGCAGGCAUCCCGUUGAGAAAUCCUUGAGCUAGUGAGAGGAGUGUCUUUGGCUGGUGCCUCAUAUCUGUCUCAAGACUACAGAUCUGUUAAAAUGCUUGUGGGGACUGUACAAACCUGAAUCUGUACACCUGGGUGACCAGAAAGAUGGUGGUACCCUUUACAGAAAGAGGGAAGUUAGGAAAAGGGGUAAGCUUAGGGGAAAAGAUACUGAGUUCUGUUCCAGGAAGGUUGAGUUUGAGAUGUCAUGAGGACAUGCAGUUUAAAUGCCUGAGAGCCAGUUGCUGAUGCAGGGCUGGAACUCAGGAGAGAAACCAGGGCUGGACAUACAGAUCUGGGAGUCAACUGAACAGAGUUCUCUGGUUCUGUGGGAGACGAACAUGGAAGUUGAUUUGUCCAGCUUCAAUAUUGAUACUCCCCAAUGGGACCAGGGUACCUUCAUGGGUCGACUGAAGCAUUUCUUCAACAUCACGGACCCUCGUACAGCUAUCGUUUCAGAGCGGACAUUGGACUGGGCCAAAAUUAUGGUUGAAAGUAGCCGGCAUGGUGCCGUACCCCCAGGCACCAGCCAGGAGCAGCUGCUGUAUGCCAAGAAGCUAUACGACUCAGCCUUCCACCCCGACACUGGGGAAAAGAUGAAUGUGAUUGGGCGGAUGUCGUUCCAGGUGCCAGGAGGCAUGGCCAUCACAGGCUGUAUGCUGCAGUUCUAUAGAACUCUGCCUGCAGUGGUUUUCUGGCAGUGGGUGAACCAGUCCUUCAAUGCAUUGGUCAACUACACCAACCGGAAUGCAGCCAGCCCUAUAUCAGUCAGGCAGAUAGCUGUAUCCUACUUCUCAGCAACCACCACAGCCCUAGCCACUGCCCUGGGGCUUAACAUGUACACCAAGAAAGCUCCACCAUUGCUAGCCCGAUGGGUACCCUUUGCUGCUGUUGCUGCUGCUAACUGUGUGAACAUCCCUAUGAUGAGGCAACAGGAGCUCAUCCAUGGCAUCAGCGUGACUGACAGGAACUCUCAGGAGCUGGGUCGAUCACGGAAAGCUGCAGUCAUUGGCAUCUCCCAGGUGGUCAUUUCCCGAAUCACCAUGGCAGCUCCUGGGAUGAUCUUGCUUCCAAUCCUCAUGGAGAGGCUGGAGAAGUUGGCAUUCAUGAAGAAAAUUCAGUUUCUGCAUGCCCCACUGCAGGUGAUGCUGGCGGGGGGCUUUCUGGUCUUCAUGGUACCUGUGGCCUGUGCCAUCUUUCCACAGAGAUGUGAGAUGGUGGUUUCACAUCUGGAACCUGAACUCCAAGACUCCCUCAAAGCCAAGCAUGGAGACCUCAUAUCUUUUGUCUACUUCAACAAAGGACUCUGAAGUACCUCCUUUUCAUCUCCUGGCUACCCUGGGCUCUCAGAACUUCCUUCCUCCUCUCCCACUUCCCAAAGAAGCAUAAAAGUCAGGCUGAAUUUGGGGGUUGACUAGAUUCCAUCUAUGCUCAAGCCCUGCUCUUCCCACUGCAGGUUGCUAAGGUCAGCCUGUAAGGGAGAGAGCAUGGAAUAGUGAGGGGACAGAAGCCAAAAUCUGAGUGACCAACUGUGAGGGCUCUGUUCCCCCAGACCCCACUCCAAUCUUUGUGCCAUACGGCCUCCCUGUCACUCUGGCACAUUAUUAGCCUCUACACCUACAGUCUCUGGUCCCAUAUGGAGAAAGGAUCUUCCAAGGUGUGGGUAAAGGCAAUUAAGGGAAUUCCCCAAGGUUGUUUUCAAGAGAAUGGGGGCUAGUACUUUGGAAUUCCAGGUUAUACUCUGGAUCAGAGACAUUUACUUGACUAAGAGGGGCAGGGGAGAAAUCUCCAAGGAAACCCUUCCUAGUUCUAAGGACAGAUACGUUAAAAAACUCAGGGAUGUCUUUUUCCCACCUCUGACGCUUAGUAGCUAUGUGACCCUGGGAGAGUCAUUUAACUUCUCUUGGUGUCAGUUUCCUAUUGUAAAAAUGAGGUUAAUAAUACCCAAAGUAUCUACCUCGCAGAGUUGUGAGGAUCAAACCAGAAAGUUUAUUGUUUGAAAGCCUUAAAGCAUUCCAUCAAUGUCAGAUUAGUGUUACUUUUUCCAUUCCUACCUCGAUGGCCACUUUGUCAUAAAUCUUCAGGGGCUGGUCUGACUGAAUCCCGUGGAGAUCUCUGACUGCCAAAUCCUUGCUUGCUGAAAUCCCCCUGGAAAUGCAUGGGCUGAGGCUGGACUUCCCAUGGCUGAGGGUUUAUAGGUAGUGCCCGUGGCCAUUGACUGGUCACUAGGUAGUCUGGUUGUUUAGACUGUAGCUGUGAGCAAUCUCUUGGGUGUUUUAUUGCUGUCUGAGGUGGAAACUCACCUGAUUAUUAUUUUUUUUAGUCAAAUUUAUCACCUAUGAAUGAAAGCUCCCCAAAAGAGCCAGUGUAGUUGGGUAGGUCUCAACUGAAACUUCUGGGCAGGAGUAUAUUGACAUGCCAUUUCCCAGUCCUGUCCCUCCCUGACCUCUGCCAGAGUAGGAAAGGGAAGAAUGAUUCUGAUACAAACAAAAAAGAUCCUUCACUCAAGUGCCAGUCCUCUCUCAGCCUUCCCUACCCUAGUGUCCCCACAAAGGCUGAGCUGCCUGGCGGGAUUUGGGGGUCAUUUCUUAGUCCUCUGGGACCAACACAGACAAGAAUUUUGUCUCAUUUUCUGUUUCUUGAGAGGAUCUUACUGUGAAUUGAAUAAAUCUUUUUUAAAAUCUCUUCAAUAAAAGGCUUAAACAUCU